AACUUAAAAGGAACGAGUUUCCAUUUACACAUAGCAGAGUUCAAACGAAGAAAUGGAGGCAAUACUCAGUGUUCUCGGCUUGGAGUGGGUCGAUGGCAGAAGUUUAUUAAUAUUUUUCUGUGUUUUUCUGCUGCUGGCUGAUGUUUGGAAGAACAGAGUGCCGAAAAACUUCCCUCCUGGACCGUGGGCUCUGCCUUUUAUUGGUGAUCUGCAUCGCAUCCAACCUGCAAGACUUCAUCUGCAGUUCACAGAGUUUGCAGAGAAAUAUGGAAACAUCUUCAGCCUUCGUCUCUUUGGUGGAAGGAUUGUGGUCUUAAAUGGCUACAAAACUGUGAAAGAAGCCCUGGUCCAACGAGGAGAAGACUAUGUAGAUCGUCCGUCUGUACCUUUGUCUCAAGAAAUAUUUGGGAAACAAGCAAAAGGCAUUGUGAUGUCAAAUGGUCAUCUAUGGAAGCAGCAGAGGAGAUUUGCUCUUCAUACACUCAGAAACUUUGGUCUGGGCAAGAAGACUCUGGAGCUUUUCAUCCAGGAGGAGUGUCGAUAUCUCACGGAGGAGUUUGCAGAUCAGCAAGGAAAGCCUUUCAGUGCUCAGAAAGCGAUCAACAAUGCUGUGUCCAACAUCAUCUGCUGUUUGGUGUUUGGGCAUCGAUUCGAGUACACUGAUCAGAAGCACCAGACUAUUCUCAGCCACUUCAAUGAAGUACUGUACUUACAGGGAGGUAUAUUGAUUCAGAUUUACAACAUGUUACCCUGGCUGAUGAAAUGGCUGCCUGGACCUCAUCGGAGGACAAUUACUCUGAUGCAUAAAAUCAUGGACUUCAUAGAAAUCAAGAUCAAAGAACACAGAGCAAAUCUCGACCCCUCAUCACCAAGAGACUACAUCGACUCCUUCCUCAUAGAAAUGGGAGAUAAGGAGGACAAAGAAGCUGGUUUUGAUGUCACCAAUUUGUGUUUUAGCACUAUGGAUCUGUUUGGUGCUGGAACUGAAACUACUACCACUACUUUACACUGGGGGCUGCUGUACAUGAUGUAUUACCCUGACAUACAGAAGAGAGUCCAGGCUGAGAUAGAUGCUGUGAUUGGUUCAUCCAGACAGCCCUCCAUGACUGACAGAGAAAACAUGCCCUAUACUGAUGCAGUCAUCCAUGAAAUACAGAGAAUGGGCAACAUCAUCCCACUGAAUGUAGUCCACAUGACAAGCAGGGACACCACACUGGAUAAGUACACAAUCCCAAAGGGCACCAUGUUAUUCGCUACACUGCACUCUGUCCUGCACGAUGAGUCGAUGUGGGAAACUCCACACUCCUUCAACCCUCAGCACUUUCUGGACCAGGAUGGGAAAUUCAGGAAGAGAGAGGCCUUCCUUCCUUUUUCUGCAGGAAAGCGGGUUUGUCUUGGUGAACCUCUGGCCAAGAUGGAGUUAUUCCUCUUUUUCACCUCCCUCCUUCAGAGGUUUUCAUUCUCGGCACCUCCUGGAGAGAAACCCAGUCUGGAGUUCAACCUGGGAGCUACUCACGCUCCCAAACCUUACCGCCUCUGUGCCACACCAAGAUAAACCACAACACACAAUGACACACUGUGUGCCACUACCUUGAUCUUAUUUUGCAUCAAGAAUGUGUGAUAAACAUUGCUGAACGAAUUUAUUAGACCAGCUGUCAUAAAAACAAGAAAACACAAAUAUUUUAGAAAACUGUCAAAAAAAAGUAUUUCAAAUUAAAAGUUGUAUUGUUAUUUAUUAGGAAAAUAACAAACUGGAACAAAUAAAUAGUCCUUAUUCACAUAUAUUAACCAAAAAUCUCAAUAUUUAGUUUGACUUCUUUUUUCCCUGGUAACAGCUUGCAUUCUUGUUGGAACUGUUUUUAUGGACUUUUCAACAAUCUCUUUUGUUAUUAAGUUCCAAAUAGUUUCUACCUGUUCGCAGAGACUUGCUUGAGAGGAAACCAUUGUGCGAUCUGUUUUUGAAUUUAUUCAAUCAGAGAUCUGUUCAAUAGGAUUCAAGUCUGGACUUUGACUUUGUCUGUGUUGUUUCUACAAAUGGAACCUCGUACCAUAAUGGAAUCUCCUCUGACUUUCUCUGUGCAGUGCAUCGAGCAUCAAAACGUUCUCCAGCAUUUUUGGGGACAUAAACGUGACGAUGCUGAUCAGAGAUUUCAAACUUGGACUCGUGUGUCCAGGGUACCUUCAUUCAGUCAUCUCCAGUCCAGUGUUUGUCCUCCCUGACAAGUCUGAGGCAUUUUUGGAUGUUUACAGCCCUCAAAAUGGGUUUUCCUUCUGUCUCUAUUACUUAAAAUCUUGAGGUUUCUGACAUGUGCUUCAGUUAGCUUUUGAUUUCCGCCUCUUCCGUGGCUCAUUUUGCAAGUAUCAGUGUGCAGUCAGGUCAAAGUCUUGCUCUGUUUGUCUCAAAGACCAUCCAGCAUCAUGAAGUGCUUUAAUUCAGACUCUGUCUUUCUCAGUGAGUUCCCUACGCUUCACAAUUUUGAACAUGAGUAAGGAAUUUCAAACAGAAUUCACAUUUUUGGACCCAAAUUUGAGCCAGUAAAUUGGAAUUCUCUGAGAAGUCAGAAAUUAGUCAAGAAUAACAUAGAACAAUUAAAACAUUUUUUCUGUUCAGGAAUGCAAGCAGAUAACUGUAAUUUGGCGUCUCAAUCAAAAAAUAAUGAUGGACUUGAAUAUUUUUCUGCUCUUUUGUAAAACAGUAAAUGUAAAAAUUCCUGGUUGACAACACUGUAUUUUACACUGGGUGGUGGUCUGAUCAGUUCGUUAAGCUCUGUCUGUCACAAUUUGAAAAGAUUUUCAGCCAGUGGACUUCUUUUAUAAACCCUUAUAGUUUACUACAGUAAUCUCCUGUUUGCAAAUAUCUUAUAAAAUCCUGUGAAUAUUUUACUUUUUACCAGAAUUCACGGCCCUGUAUUCAUCUUGAGAGGAGUCAGUGAGAAGAUAAUGUUCAUUUAAGGACUCAAGAUGAUCAAACAGGCUUCUGUAAACCAACUCAGUAGUCAGUUAGAACUUAAGGAACUUCUUGGAUGAGCAAUGAAAUGUCUUCAAGAACCAAAAAGAGAGUUGUCCAGUUUCCUUUAAACUCAUAGGAUUACCAUGACCUGGAUGACUGAGUAUCAAUACACACAUAUUCAAAUACAGAUUGUGUAGCAGCUGGAUGUUUAUGAAGAUGUAUGCAGCACAUUUAUUUUCACAUAAUGACAUCACUCCAGCUUGUCUUCUAGAAUCAAAGGUGUAGCACUGAAGUAAUUCAGUAAUAAUGUCACAGUGUUAAUUUUUUCAAUAAAUUUUUAAAUCAUU